GCACGUCUAGUUUCGAUUUGCAUGUAUACUGUUUAUCACAGAUAGAAAGUACACUUAAUUAAAUAACCUUCGUAUUAACCAAUAUUUAACUACGAUCAUGAGACCAAAUAUGCUGGACACAAUUAAAAUUUCUUUACAUGGCUAAAUUAAUGUUUCCACAAUGAACUCUGCUGACGCCAAACAAAUCAAGGCUGUCCACCAAGAGGUAUUGGAAGUGAACAGCACUACCAAGUUUGUCCUUAAACGGGUUAACGAACUCAGCAAUGCACUCCAAAACAAUCCUUGCUCUCCAGCAUGUGCCAAAAUCCAAGAAGAGCUGUUUGAAGAGAUAAGAAACUUGUCAGAGGAGAAUGAGAAAAGGCGAAUACAAGACGAAGAAAAAAGAAAACAGGAUUUGGAAACGCAAGAUAACAUAAAUAAAUUAACACAACGGGUAGACGAGUUAACGGCACUUCUAAACCAGACUACUAACAACGGCCUGCAGGUUGUGGCAACAAAACAAACACAUAGGCCAAGAACAAGACACACAGGAAAAGAACUUGUCCUUAAAUCUUAUCAAAAUGUUGAACAUACAAGAGAACCGAGUACUGCAAGAAGUCACCAUUCAGUUGUUUCUAGACCCCAACAAACGAGACUCGGGUCACAUGAACACGACAGGAGGCUUGCAGUUCAAAGUCGUCAAAAUAUUCCAAGACUGACAUAUGGCGAGUUCGGCGAAACUGUAGAAUCACAAAUGGAUCUUACUGGCAGACAUCUGGAAGCGACAAGCCAAGAAGAAAAAGUAUAUUUUGGAACCAAAGAGGUUUGGAUUGUUGAAGCUACCAACGAAUUCAGAAACGGUCGAUCUGAGAUUGGCUCCACACAGGGAGCGUUUACCGUUAUUCUACUGGACACUUCCGCCAGCAUGAGACAGAACAAUGCUUGGCAGGAGGCCUCUACAUUUAUACAAGAAUAUAUCGAAGGACUACAGAUAAUGUCCACAGAACAUGGCUGUGAAGAAUAUGUAGCAUUGGUAACCUUUGGCGAACACACACAGUGCAGACAAAGAUAUACAAAAUCUUACCACGAAAUCCUGCAAAUUUUCGACAGUAUAAGUCCUGGAGGACCUAGUCCAUUCUACGGAGGUUUGGUCACGGCUCAAGGGGCCAUGUUGGCAGCGACUGAACCUAUUUUAUUACUGACGAAUGGGAUAACGGUGCACACGAAACUAAUACUCAUCACAGAUGGAUACCCCACUGAUACGUGUCUCUACAGAGGUCCGGAUUCAACAAAUACUGAAAUGGAUCCGGAGAUAACACAAGACAUACUACGAAUGGCAAAACUCGUUGUGAACGACGAUUUAACGCAGGCGGAUUUAUUUUAUUUACCAGUCGGAAGAGCCAACAUGGAAUUCUUGAAGUUAGUCAGUGACGUUGGAUUCGGAAAAGAACUUCAUUUUAGGGACGGUUCGUCAUUUUCCAGGCGCCUUGUGCUUGCGGGAAAGAUACUACCCGGUCAGCCCGUAAACCCUUUAUUGGGAUUACUUGGAUUAGAUCCAAGUGCGGUGCAUAUGAGUAGAAUACCAAAAGAUGACCGGGCAAUUACUCGCUUGGACGAGGAACAAAUGCUAAAUAUACUCGAAAGAGAAGAGAGGCGUCGUGUGGCGAAGGAAAAUGAAGUGAACCCUUACCACGAGGAACCAGAUGACAGUUUCCCUCGGACUGGUUCUCGGGUAACACGAGGCCCGGACUGGGACCGAGUAACUAACGAGGACGGCAAUGAGCCAGGGACUGUUGUUGGCCACAGGAAAACUUAUUUUGGUAAUUCCGUGUUUGUUACUUGGGAUGCCACGGGCAAAUUGGGUCAAUAUAAUUUUGGACUACAUAAUCUUUAUGGCGUGUUGCCGACGGAGGAGCCGAGAAAGCUCAAUCCCGGACAGCCACUGGACGUCGGCUGCUUUGUAACUCCAGCAAAAGACUGGUCAGGCGACGCAAGUAUAAUGGGCGAAAAGGGAGUUGUUCUACAGAUUUUGAGGCAGAAUGGAAUUAGGAAGGUUGCUGUUCGAUGGAAUAAUGGAAGUCGAGGGCUGUAUUCGUAUGGUGAGGACAGGCGAUUUGAGAUCAAGAUGUGUGAGGCUUGUGAGCUACAGCGCCUUGAGGAGCGACCCCGACCGUCAAGGCAUCUGCCCAUUACAGAUGGGCGACAAACAGGCGCGGCCCCUUCACCAGCCGCCAUCAAACCAAAGAAGAAUAAAAACAAGAAUAAUUAAAUAACAUACUGGAGAAAUGAAAAUCGGAUCGUUCGAAACAUCGGUUCCCUCGAGGUUAAGGCUCUGUCCCCGGCGACCUCGAGCGAUCGCAGUUUUACUGUAAUUGGUUUUUGACUGGCAUCAAUGGUUGAUGACUGACAUCGAUGGUUGUUGACUGACACAUCAACGUGUUGUUGAGCAAUAUUAUUGGUUGUUGACUGACAUCAAUGGUUGUUGCCUGACAUCAAUGGUUUUUGACUGACAUUAUUGGUUGUUGACUGAUAUCACUGGUUGUUGACUGUCACACCAAUGGUUGUUGACUGACAUUAUUGGUUGUUGACUGACAUCAAUGGUUGUUGCCUGACAUCAAUGGUUUUUGACUGACAUUAUUGGUUGUUGACUGAUAUCACUGGUUGUUGACUGUCACACCAAUGGUUGUUGACUGACAAUGUUAUGUUCAUGUUUUUUGCAAUAUAAAAAAUUCUUAACAGUAAGGGUUACUGAAAAAUCAUAUUAUUUUGAAUAAAAGAAAGGCAUUACAAUUGUCAAAAGCAUAAUAGCGCAACACAAGGCUUUAUCACCCUAAAAAUAUGUUGUUGCCCAAAUGCAGGUGAAAUUAGGCAAACAAAGGCUUCAUUUCAUUAUCACUUCAAUCAUAAAACCAUUUUUUGGUGUUAUUAUGGUUUUGAGUCUCUACAUAGCGCCAUUUUGCCGUUAUUACAAGUUUUAAAUAUUAUUUUUUGUUUCUUAAUCUUUGUUGCCAUUAUAUGUUUUCGUAUAAUAUUUAUUUGGAAUACCUUUGUUAUAUAUCUUGUUACAGGCAUUGUCUUCCCUCUGGUAUACUUAUUAAGUGUGUGGUGCUGUAUGAUGCAAAUGUUUGUUGACGAACAAUAAUGGUUCUAUUGUUUGAAAGCUGCAUUCUCACAGACGGACCGUUUUUAAAACUUUUUAUUUUUUGUUUUAGAAUGAGCCAAAUUUUGCGUUAAAGGGACUGUCUCACAGAUGAUAAAAUAGCAAAAAAAAAAAAAAUUGUCGAAUAAUGACAUAAACUUGGCAUCGAUGUGUACAAUGCAUUGAAACUUACUAAUUGAAGUACCACAUAGUUACCAAUUUAUUUAAGUUUAGCAGUUAUUUCAUAUUUUUCCAUUAAAAAAGUUUACUGGGUAUGUCUACCAGGUAGAAUUCAUUCCUUAUGCGUGAUUGGCUAGUCGGUGUAAUCACCUGAUAUUACCGAGGUAUUAAUUGUUAAUGCCAAAAAACUAUUUUUUUAAAGGAGUAGUAAUGCUUUUAGCCACAAAACUUUAAUUUUCAAACGUAAAUAUACAAAACUGAGAGCUGAUAUUUUGUCACCAGUCUUAUAUCACUCGUUUCCAGAUAUUUACACAAAGAUUUGUUCAUUUCAAUAUAAGAAUAAAAAAGUUGUCGAAACAGUCAAUCUGUGAGAGUGCAGCUUUUAUGGAAUACAUGUAUAAUAUAUGAUACACUGUUAAAUAUGGUGUAUGUUGUAUAUAUAGCUAUUGCAAUAUUAAUCAGGAUUAUUUUUAUUAUUUUCUAUUUUGUUACAUUUCAUGUUACUGGCAUCGUUUUCCCUCUUGUAUAAACAUUUAUAGUGCAGCAGGUACUUCAAGAUGCAAAUGUUGGACCAUGACAUUAAUGAUUCCAUUGUGAUACAUUUACUUUGUUCAUUUCUAUGCAUUUUUUUUUCUUCCAUAAACUGUUCGUGUCAUAUGUUUACAUGUUUCUGAAAACUGCUUAUCAUGUAAAAAAAUACAUGUGUAUUUCACAAUCAAA